CACAAACAGAAGACGAAGUUAUGCGGACGUUAGUAAAAUAUUGCUCUUCUAUAUUACCUCCUCGAAAGUAGCGUCACCCGUGCUGGAGGGGUGUUUUUGGUAGUAAUGCUAGUACAUGUCUUCUAUCGUAGGUGCCAAUAACAACGAAUUCUUGGCUUUGAGCUGAACGCAUGUUACCGACUUCUAUUACAUCGUACGUCGUCUGCUUCUAAAUAUUCCAAGAGACGUGAGAGUAGAACCGUAAAUGAUGUGUAUUCACUUUUGUAACUAUCAAGUGUAUUAUAACCUCAGAAAAUACGUUGUUCUUUUUCAGAGUAGCAUCGGCUCGAGAAAUAUGUCGGCGGAGGUUUUCCGGAUGAUCAACGGACUGUACCUGGGGAAACACUUUCCCGACGACGCAGUUCUGUCGGCGCUGGCGUACAAGCCACCACAUGGUGACCUAAUCAUCGUCGGCUACCCAAAAUGUGGUACCACUUGGAUGCAACACAUAGUCUACAACAUCUUAAUGGACGCAGAAGAACCUGAGGACCCGCUAGACCAGGUACUGCGAAUGCCCUUCCUGGAGAUGCAGGGAGCCGAAGCCGCUGUGUAUGCUCCCCAACCUCGCGCCUUGAAGACUCACUUACCUUUCCACCUGAUUCCUUAUUCUCGAGACGCAAAGUACAUCUGCAUCAUUAGGAACCCCUAUGACUGCUGCGUGUCGCUUUACUACCACACCCGUAACAACCCGCCGUAUCGCUUUGGCGAAGGCACUUUUGAAGAGUUCUUUGAACUAUUCCUGGACGAACGCGUCGAGUUCGGAGACUACUUUGACAACGUGCUCUCCUGGUACAAGCAUCGGAGGGACCCUAAUGUCCUAUUUCUAACAUAUGAGGAGCUUAAAGCUGACACCGCCCGGCACGUCGUUCGAAUUGCCGCCUUCAUCGGCGAAGAAAGAGAGACGAGACUUAAAGAAAACCCCGAGCUGCUUCGGAAAAUUCUGGAGAAGUGUAGCGUCGAAUACAUGAAGCAAAGUAUCAGUGGUAGUCGGCGGGCUCCUAGACCAGAAUACAGCAAUUCACCGCAGAUGAAGACUCUUAGACCGGAGCUACUGAAAGGACUUAAUAACCUGAUGGAGUUUACGAAGAAACCCAUGACCGGCAGUUUUGUCCGCAACGGGCAAGUAGGAGACUGGAGGAAUCACUUCUCACCCGAACAGAUUCAAAGGAUGAAACAGAGAAUCGCGGAAGCAACUGUAAAGUGUGACUUCAUGAACUUGUGGAGGGACGUAGAUAUUCCAUUGUGUGGCAGUGCUAUCCCGAUAAUGGGAUAUGAAAACGCGGUAUAUGAAAAAGAACUCUGUAAUGAACUGUGUAGAAUAGAGGCUCAUGAAGCAGUUGUAUGAAUCGGCAGGUAACUUAGGUAUCUCUGGCAUAUAUCUCUGGCAAAUAUGCAUGAAACGACGUGUUAUGUGUUCAAGUAAAGAAGAAAAUUGAUGUUCUGAGGA